AUGCGCUGUUGCGAGCUGUUGACUCAUUUCGUGCUGGCUGGGCUUUUGGUGGCUAGCAGCGCCAUGCCUGCCAAUGGCUUCCACUUCCCGGGCUUCGCUCUGUGGCAACUGACCAAAGGCAACCCAUUGGAUUGGGACGCAGAUCCCCCGGGAGCAUGGAACAGUCUCUGCGCCAACCAGUACGGAGCGGACACGACGAGUGAUUUUGGCGAGGUGUCUGGAGUAUACUUGUUCUACUGUCACACCUUUGAUCAGAAGAGAUCAGAGGCUAAGCGGGCGUCCGUGUACGAUGCUAGAUUCGACAAGAAUGACAGAAAGGGGCACAAAAAGAUUUGGUCGGACCAUACCGACUACCUUGUGAAUUGGAUCAACCAAAACGCAAUGACGGAUCAUCCGACGGCUUGGGAAGCUAAGGCGCUCGAUUUGUACAAGCCCAAGCAACGCUGA